AUGGAAUGGACCCAACACUCUUAUUUGAGACUUCGGCACGGUUGCACGUGUUACGCGUAGUUGGCUCUUCGUCUUUGUAGGUUUUUGCCUGUUUCCCGCUCAACAAAAAAAUAAAAAAUAAUUUAAUGAAAUAAAAUUUUAAGAAUUAUUCUGCUAUGAUUAGGCAAAGCAAUAGACGACAACAAGAAAAAUAAUAAAAUUCAUCUACCAAAAAUAAGCUGAAACCACAAAAAUUCUAUCGGGGACUAACUUAAAUUAAAUAGAGAGUACCAAAAAGAAAAAAAAUAAAAAUCAAUUACAAGUGAUUCAGAUUCGAAAAAAAAAUAUUUUUUAAAAACUGACAUCGCUAAAAAUAAGCACAAAUACUAGGAAAUUUUCUAGACAUUCUUUAAAUUUGUACCAAUCGCAGCAACGGCAGCAACAGCAGCCACCGCCGUCGCCGCCGUAAAGGUCUUCUCGAACACAGCUUCUGCUUCGAGUAAAUGUGAAUGUGAAGUGAAGCAGAAUAGCGCGUUAAAUACCGCUACAAUUAGACAAUUGUUAGAGCUGUGUGCGUGCGUGAGUGGUGCGAAAAGGAAAGCCGAAGGAGAGCACUAAGUGCAGCAGCAAAUCGUAAAUGAAUUUUGAAGACGCUUCAAAAGAAAGAAAAAACGAAUUACAAAUUACACGACGGCGCGCGAAUCGACGUAAAAAUUUUGAGUGUGAUUUUUCUUCUUUUUUUUUUUGUUCCUGCUAGCAGUGAGCUUUGUCAAUUCACUCUAUUAUAAUUUUUUUCGGGUGUUAUAUUCAAUUAUAUUUGGGUUUCCUUCUGCUGUUCUAAACGGCGAUUAAAAGUGCGCCAAUUAAAUAUAUUGUCAAAAAAAGAAGUAUUCACCAAGAAGCAAUUGCCGAAUUGGAUUACAAUUUUAAAUUCGUAUACUGGACAUAAACGAAGCUGAGCUUUCGCAGCUGGAUACUGUGCUACUGUGCUACUGUUCUACCACAGAGCAUACAGCCUUCCCCAGUUCAGGACGUAAAUUGUGUAAAUUGUAAAGACAACAAAAAGUGGCCAAAAUGGCGACAGUUUGCAACAGCAGCGAAUAUGAUUAUAUGGACGACCCUGUUUUCGGCGAUCUGAUGGAAUUCAGCGUACAGGAACUAAGGCUGCCCAGCAUACAGAAUGACGUGGCGAAAAUUGACGCCGAACACCCCCACCAAAUAUAUAACCUCUCGCUGUCCACCAAUAGAGACAUAAAGCCGGAGAUUCGGAAUGGUGACUGUAUGUGGUCCGCUUACGGCAGCACAGCCAAUGGCAGUUGCGGCACAAAUGGCGGGAACGGCAGCAGCAGCAACUACAACCUCUCGGCCGCAUCCAGCUACAGCGAAAGCAGCGCCGUGCCACCAGCCUUUGUGAGUGGCAGCACAUUACGCAUAAAGCGUGAAUUGGAAGAAGAUGAAGUGCAACAGGAGGAUGAACCAGACCUCGAUCAGGAUCAGGAUCAGGAUCAGGACAAUGACAGCAAUAGCGAGAAUUGCCCCGACAACAACAACAUCAGCAGCAGCAGCAACAACAGCAAGAAAAUCAACAGUUGCAGGUCAACUGGUGGCAGUAGCAAGUCGGCUGCAGCAACAGCAACGGCAACGAUUUCGAUACCCAAUAAUCGAAUGAUGCAACGCGAUCCCGUUAUUGAGAAGUAUAUACCGCCGGGUGCCUCGCUGCUACGUAAAAGCAAUACGCAGCACAAGUUGCAACAGCACAAACUGCAGCAGCAGCAGCAGCAGCGCUUAACGCAUUUGUUUACAUACAACAACAACACUAAUACUAGCAGCAGCAACAAUAACAACAGCUACGUCAUGUUGGAUGAUGAGGUCUUACCCGAGUUCCGUCACAAUGUUGACUUGCGCGCCUGCGUUAUGGGCAGCAAUAACAUUUCAUUGACAAACAGCUCUGAUGCGAAUAUUAUCGAUCAUCUGAGUCGAGAGCUGCAGAAUACGAGCAAGGAACGCAUUGAUCUGCCGUAUCGUAUACCAGUUGAUCCGCCAAUUAUAACAGAUGUUCUGGAGGUGCUCAAUCAGCAAACGCAACUAUCGGCGGCAGCAGCAGCAGCGACGACAUUGUCACCACCAGCAACAACGGCAACCAGUUCGGACUCUGAUUCAGAUUAUGGCGAUUGCUCCAUGGGCGAGUCCAGCUGCAGUGCAUCCAUAAUGCGUCACAUAAGCGAUCACAGCUAUACGCGCUGCAACGAGGUAGAGGCCAAUUUGGACACGCCUUCCGAUUCUGAUGAGGAAAUCGACGUAGUCUCCCUGAAUGACAAGAAGUUGCCCACAAAUCCUUCAGAUCGCGAUCGACGCGUUCUUCAGACAAAGGUGGCCAAUAAAAUCUCGAGCGACAAUCGCAUCGUUGUCCAUCGCUCAUCCAGACGCUAUGAGCUACCCUGUACGCCGGCCAGCAGCACUCCUGUUAAAUCGGUUGCCAACUCACGUUAUCCCUCGCCCUCGAGUACGCCUUAUCAGAGCGCAGGCGCUGUGGCAGCCACCUACUCACCGGAAAGCAGCAGCAGCAGUAGUAGCAGCAGCAGCAGCAGUGAUUGCACAACCCCGCCCAUCCCCAUGAGCGUGGGAGCUGGAGGCAAAAAGAACCGUAAGACCUUCUAUAUGCCCGACUGCGGCGAAGAUCUAUUGACAACCAAGCGUCAUCCACGUGGCUAUCUGCUAUCCAAGAAGCGCCCCUUGAAGCGUGGACAAUUCAAUUCAUAUGGCUUCGAUGCUAAGGAUGUCCGAAACGUAAUGUCGCAUGCCAGCAACUCCGCCAGCAUCAGCGCCAUCAGCACCAGCAGCAGCAGCAGCAGUAGCAGCAACAGUCACAGCCACAACCACAUAAGCAGCAACACACUAAAGCGUCAUCUGAGCGUCGACGGGGCGGAUACAAUUGAGAAACGUAAUCUGCAUAACGAUAUGGAACGUCAGCGUCGCAUCGGACUCAAGAAUCUGUUCGAAGCGCUCAAGACGCAAAUACCCAACAUUAGGGAUAAGGAGCGUGCCCCCAAGGUUAAUAUCUUGCGGGAAGCGGCCAGGCUUUGCGAGCAACUGACGAGCGAGGAGCGGGACCUGAACGUGAAGCGGCAGCUGUUGAAAGCCAAGCUCAAGCAGCAGCAGGAGCAAUUGGCGCGUUUGCGUCUGAGUAAGAAUGCCGCUGAAUGAUCAUAGCCGUAAGAGGGAGAGCAAGUGAGAAGGGAAAGGUUAAAGAGAAAGAGAAGGAAAUUGAGACGGAGAAAACAAGGGAGCAGAGGGUGAAUAACGUGUUUGCAAGCAAGGCCCUGUUGAGCGAAAAAUAUUGAUAGAUCGAUAAUUCGAUAUGACCAUUUGAGAGCGAGAGAGAACGCAGUUACAAGCUGACUAGUUGUUUUUAAGUGUAUUUGGACGUAGGCUCAGAUAAGCAUUUUUUGAACUUCAAUAUCAGAUUUUAGUAUUAGCCAGUAGAGCGUACGUACGAUCGAUUGAAAUAUGUCUCGAUGUUCAUAACAGAUAACUAUAACAAUUAUCACUGAUAACACAAUGAUAAUAAUUACCAUAACGAUAAUGAUGAUGACGAUGCAGUUAGAUAGUUUUCUUAUUUCGUCUACUGCACCGGAUGCUAAAAAUAAAACAAAAAUAAAAAAAAUCGAUCGACGAAUAGAAUAGUUUAACAUUACAAA